AGUCAAUAAAUCUUUAAUGGUAUAUCAAAGUAAUGGUCCUAAUUACUGAACGCUGAAGUGUUUUAUUUUAGUGUCAAUAGCCUGACUCCGAGCACAAAUGAGAGUUUAAAUCUAUACAGCUAUUAUGAUUUAAUUAGAAACUGUUUAACUUUGGGUCAAGGCCUCUUGGUGGGAUGGGUAGAAUAUGAGAUUGACUUCCGUGAGAAGCCUCAUUUCAGGUGGGGGACAAGUGCAUGGCUUUUCUAAAAAGUUCAACCAUGACCUGCCUCAAGUCUAUUCCAAGAACAAUCAAAAGUUUGAUCAUCUUUGCGAUAUUAAUUUAGACUUCAUUGCUUGAUGGAAACAGCUGCUAUUGGAAAUUAAAGAUAAGAUUCUCUCUUUAUCCUUUACCUUCUAAUUAGAGUCCAAUCAGGUAUUUGUCCCCAUGAUGUCUACGUAUAUUACAAGAGAUAUUUUCUGUUGUGCCUUCAAAACGUUAAGUAUGCUAAAUCAUCAAUCAAGUCAUCUCUAUCACCGUGUAGCUCAGCGCUGAUUCAAUCAAGAAUUUCGGUUCACCAGAUCCAGUUGUUCAAUGGGCAAGAUCAUAUCUCGACUGGCAAAGGGGUUCUUACAGAAAUUUGAAUGGAGGAUUCUGAUGGUAGGUCUUGAUUCCUCUGGGAAGACAACCAUACUGUACAAGCUUAAAAUGGGGGAAACGGUCAGAACCAUACCCACUAUUGGUUUUAAUGUGGAGAGUAUAGAGUACAAAAAUGUUCGCUUUACCAUCUGGGAUGUAGGAGGACAAAACAAGAUUCGAUCUUUAUGGAGACAUUACUUUCAGAACACAAAUGGAGUUGUAUUUGUGGUGGACAGCAAUGAUAGACAAAGAAUCUCAGAAGCCCGGAAUGAACUGCAUAAUUUGCUAAGUGAUUUUGAACUAGAGAGUGCUGUACUUGUCGUCUUUGCUAAUAAACAGGACCUUCCAACUGCCAUGAGUGUUAGGGAGGUUGCUGAUAAGCUUGCCCUGCAUUCACUUGGUAAUCGGAGUUGGUACAUUCAGAGCACCUCUGCCAUUUCUGGCCAAGGACUCUAUCAAGGUCUUGAUUGGCUAUUAAACAACAUUUCCUAACAGGAAGCAUGACUGACAUAGGUCCCUGCCCAUUACGCAAGAUGCUAUGACUCGGAGCUCAAUUGUACUUCUCAACAACAAAGUGUCAGAUUCGCGUCUCCUUGAAAUACUAACUCAGUCUGUAGCAAAUUAUCUUCAGUAGUACUGAAUCAUUGUUAAAAUUAGAGGGGGGAAAACACAUCACACCUAAUUUUACUUUUAUUUCACUCAUCCUUUUGUUGUCAAUCAUACCUUAGUUCUAUUUUUCCCUAAUACAU